AUGAAGCGAACUGCCGAGUUUGGUUGUCUGACGCUGAUCAUAACAGCUUUAUGCCAACAAUGGGUAACACCUCUGUUACGAAAUAGUGUGGAACCAUUUACAGCAAUGAAUUUUAGCUUGUGCGUCGAAAGAGUUCUUAAAUUAGCUGUGCCGAAUCAUGUAAUUUGGCUUAUUUCCUUCUAUACUGCUUUCCAUUCUCUUCUCAAUCUUAUUGCUGAAUUAAUGGAAUUCGCCGACAGACAGUUCUAUUUAGAUUUCUGGAAUGCAGAAACUUUGGCAGUAUUUUGGAAGACAUGGAAUAUACCGGUACAUCGUUGGGCUCUUCGACAUAUUUAUCGGCCAAUGAUAUUUAAUGGCUUUAGCAAGAUGAGUGCUGCAUGUGCCGUUUUCUUCGUGUCUGCAUUUUUUCAUGAGUAUCUCGUAUCAGUUCCACUCCAUAUGUUUCGUUUUUGGGCAUAUCUCUGCAUGAUGGCACAAAUACCCCUCAGUAUUUUUACUGAAAAAAUACUAAAAGGAGGCCGUCUUGGAAACAUCGUUAUGUGGUUAUCAUUGAUUCUUGGUCAACCCUUGACCAUUUUGAUGUACGUACAUGAUUGGUAUGUUGCACAGUAUCCACAUUCAUCGAAGUAUGUGGAUGCAUAUCACAAUGUAACCAUUUAA